AUGUUUUCUGUUCUACUCAUAACCUGGCUUCUAGUAUUCAAUCAACAGAUAGUAGCCAAGACAGUUGGUCUCAAUGUAGAAUAUGUUGAAGAUGAUCUCGAUGAAGAAAUUCUAGCCACAACUGAACAUUCUAUUCCAACUGAGAACACUACAGACAAUGAUCAUAGCUAUUAUAAUACUAUAAUUGUUGAAAAUGAAACAUCGACUGAUUCGAAUGAUCAGAAUAAUAUGAAUAAAUUUGAAUCAUCAUUGGAUGAUGUUAUUGAAUUAAAUGUUGGUGGUCAACGAAUAACAACAUUUCGUUCAACUCUCACUGUUAUACCUAAUUCAAAAUUAGCACGUAUGUUUACUAAAGAUAAUAGAGACAGAACAAAAUCAAAAAGCAAAGAGAAUAAUGCAUACUUUCUUGAUUAUAAUCCUGUACAAUUCGCAUAUUUACUUGAUCAAUUGCGAGCAAUAAAACGAAUGUCGAAUUUUUCACCACACGAACUUGACAUUAAAGAACCAAAUGCUGAUAUACGUUUUAAUUUCUCUAAUAUGCUCAAUGAACUUGGAUUGAAUCCUGAACGUUUCUUGUCACCAUUCGUUGGUAUUCAUCUCAAUUUGAAGACAGACUCUCUCGUUGGAUGGAAAGAGUGCUAUCGUGGUAAAUAUGAUACAUCGUUCAAUGCUACAAUAUUGACAGAUACUUGCAAAGGCAAACGACUUCUUGUUGCUUGUCGUUCUGUUAAUAACAACAAAAUUUUAACUGUAGCCGGUGUAGGUGAUCGUGAAAAUAUUUUUAAUUCGUGUCCAUCAAAUAAUCAUUGUACACCGAAUAAGAAAAAUGGUAUAGGUUUCUACUAUGUGGCAGAUAACGUUUGGGGUUUCGAAGGACGCCCAAAGAAUUGGGUCGAUACUAAUUAUUAUGGAUAUUAUGUUCACACAUCUUUUUUAAGUAAUUGUGACUCAAGUGAUUAUUAUUCUGAAUAUCGACUUUGUUGGUCGCUUUCUUCGGGUGCUGGUCGUGGUGGUGGAGACCGAUGUGGAAGUGCAAAAUAUCUUCAAAAUUCAAAAGAAUGGGAGCGUAUCAUUUAUCAAACCAUUUAA